AUGGAGGACUGGCUGAACGAAUCCGGGGCGGCAGGCCUGAACGACCUGGAGCUUGCCGAAUUCCCUGUCACUGGGCGUGGUGUGAGAACUCGGAGGCGUUUCCAGCAGGGAGAACGGAUCCUCACGAUUCCAGGUGAUAGCCUCUGGACGGUUGAACAUGCAGACAGCGAUCCUCUUCUCGGGCCAGUUCUUCGCUCUGUACAACCACCCUUGUCAGUCGAGGAUACUCUAGCUGUCUAUCUUCUCUUUGUACGAUUGCGCGAGCAUGGAUACGAGGGCCCGCGAAGCCAUGUGGCGGCGAUGCCCGCAAGGUACUCUUCAAGCAUCUUUUUUAACGAGGAUGAGCUGGAGGUUUGUGCGGGAACUUCACUCUAUACUAUCACGAAGCAACUGGAAGAAAGAAUCGAGGACGACUACAGGGUAUUAGUUAUGCGAGUAUUCACACAGCAUCCUGAUCUUCUCCCACUCGCCAAAAUCUCCAUCCAAGACUACAAAUGGGCACUCUGCACCGUCUGGAGUCGGGCAAUGGAUUUCGUACUGCCGAAUGGAAAACCGCUUCGAGUUCUGGCGCCCUUUGCUGAUAUGAUAAACCACUCGCCUGAGGUCAAGCAGUGUCAUGCUUACGAUCCCUCGUCUGGAAACCUCUCUGUUCUUGCAGGAAAGGACUACGAAAUCGGAGACCAAAUUUAUAUAUCUUACGGGUCUAUUCCAAACAAUCGCCUUUUACGUCUCUAUGGCUUUGUUAUACCAGAAAACCCCAAUGAUAGUUAUGAUCUCGUUCUUUCAACGCACCCUAUGGCGCCUUUCUACGAGCAAAAGCAAAAAUUGUGGGCAUCGGCUGGACUGGACUCAGCCUCUACCAUCCCCCUUACUCUCAUCGAUCCUUUACCGAAGAGUGUCCUUCGAUAUCUCCGUAUUCAGCGACUGGAUGCAUCAGACCUCGCAGCCAUUGCGCUUCAGAAACUCGAUACAAAUGAGAAAAUCAGCAAUUCAAAGGAAGUGGAGAUCCUACAGUUCUUGGUAGAAUCAAUCAGUGCUCUUCUUGACGGCUUCAAUACUCCAUUCGAAAAGCUACAAAAGCAGCUCGCAAAGGGCGUCUACCCACUAGGUGGGAAUGCAUGGGCGGCGGCGCAUGUUAGUCUGAGCGAACAGCGGGUACUGAUGCUGGCGAAAAAGAGAGCUGAGAACUUACUAGAGGCAGUGGAGAGCGGGAGCGGGAAUGAGAGAAGUUUAUUAUCGCCGCUAGCUCGAUGUGUAAAUUGUGGAAAGGAUUCUGUACCAUUGAUGCUGUGCGGGAGAUGCAAAGGGGUUAGGUAUUGUGGGCGGGCGUGCCAGGUUGCUCAUCACAAAGAGCAUAAGGUGAUCUGUCAAGCUAUGGCUAAGAUGAGGUGA